CUUUCAGCAGGUAGUUGCUGCCAGCCGCGACCAUGGCCAAGCCCGCUACGUUCAUUGCCCGCGGCAUUACGGCCGAGGGCCGGGCCAAGACCUACAAGCGCAAGGGUCUGUGGGCGAUUAAGAAGAAGAACGGCGGCAAGUUCCCCACGCACGCUAAGAAGGCUGCGCCUGCUCCUGCUGAGGGCAAGGCGCCGCGCUUUUACCCUGCCGAUGAUGUUCCUAAGCCUCUGGCGCACCGGGCUGUGAACAAGCCCACUCAGCUCAGGGCCAGCAUUACGCCAGGAACAGUCCUGAUUCUGCUGGCGGGCCGCUUUAAGGGCAAGAGGGUCGUCUUCCUCGGCCAGCUGCCCUCGGGCCUGCUGCUGGUGACCGGCCCCUUCAAGCUGAACGGCGUGCCGGCGCGCCGCGUGAACGCGGCGUACGUCAUCGCCACCAGCACCAAGGUGGAGCUGCCUCAGCUGGACCUCUCCAAGUUCACUGACAGCUACUUCAAGGCUGCGGAGAGCAAGAGCGAGAAGGAGUUCUUCACCGCUGCUGACGCCAAGAAGAAGGAGCUCAGCCAGGAGUACAUUGCUAACCAGAAGACCCUGGACGCUGCCCUGCUGCCCGCCCUGUCCGCUGAGCUGAAGGGCUACCUGUCCACCCGCUUCACGCUCAAGGACGGCGACCGGCCGCACCUGAUGAAGUUCUAAGCAGGAGGGCGCUGUGUAGAGCUGGGGGAG